AUGUCGCAGCCCGACACCGACGCGACGAACCAGGCGCUGGCCGCCGCCAAGGAGUGCCAGGACGCCGAGGCCGCCAAGGCCAAGCUGCCUCUCGCGACCGCCGCCGAUGGAUCCAGGACAAGCGCGGGGUCUUUCUCCUUGACCUCGCUGCACGCCCAGGCCGUCGGCCUCCACUCCAUCAAAGGCCACGUUCCCGUCGAGCUCGCGCUCGACACCGGCGUUCACCGGCAGUGGCGCACCUUCUUCCGCGCUGCCUGUCGCAAGUACGCCCUCCUGGAUCACCUCGACUUCGAUGCUCCCGAUGCGCCGAACCCGGAGUGGUCUCUCCUCGACGCCACCGUCGUCUCUUGGCUCUAUGGGUCUGUCUCGCUCAGUAUCCUCAACGCCAUCAUGACACCCGGCGACGAUCCCCUCGCCGUCGAUCUCUGGAACAGCAUCAACGGUCUCUUCAACGACCACAAGAUCAAUCGUCAACUCCACCUCACGGCCGAGCUCAACGAUGUCAAGAUGGGAGAGAUGAGUAUGGCCGACUAUCUUCAGAAGGUCAAGUCCCUCUCCGAUGGGCUUGCGGAUCUUGGUGCCCCCGUUGAUGAUGCCGAGAUGGUGGUCCACUGCCUCAACGGCCUCUCCGAGCAAUACGAGUCCGCCGCCGAUCUGAUCUCCCUCAUGCCCGGUAUGACCUUCGCGCAGUGCCGCUUGUUGCUUGCGCUCCAAGACAUGAAACGCAAAAACUGCCACGCUCGCAACUCGGACACGGCCCUCUUCACCAACACUGGAAACCCUGGCAAGGCUCCUGGAAAAGGAAAGAAGAAGAAGAAGGCCGCCGCUGGAGUCACCAAGGAGAUCAUCCCGGCGCCCGCGACCCCGCAGGCUGCCACUCCUUCCUGGCCCUCACCGCAGCAUCCCUGGAACGGCGCCAUCCAGAUGUGGCCGUAUGGCCAAGGGGGGCUGCUCAGUCGCGCGCCGCCCGGCUACGCCCCUGAUCCCAGCUACGCGCCCCGGCACACCCCGUCGCUGCAUGCGUUCUAUGCCCAGAACCCGUACGGCCUUGCUCCCUCACUAGCCGCGCUCAUGCAUCAGUUCCAAACCAUGGGGCUGCAAGCACCCUCCAGGGAGUGGGUGAUGGACACCGGCGCCUCCUCCCACAUCGCGUCCGAUCCCGCCGGUCUCGUUGAUGCCGUUCACCCCGGACGUGGCCCCACGGUCGCCGCCACGGUCCCCUCCACGGUCGCCGCCACCGACUUUGCCUCGGUCGCCGCCACCGACCUCGCCCCGGUCGCCUGGGGCACGGGCUUCUGCCGAGUGCCCUGCCGGGAGCCCCGAUGGCGGCCCUGCUGGGAGUCCUUGUCCUACUGCAGUAGCGUCACCGCCGGCAACGCCGUCGCCAGCCCCUGCAGCUGUGGAUCCACCCCGGAACCGCCGGCCGCGGGCCCCUCCACCGCCACCAUCCAACGCCAUGGCCACUCGUGCUAA